ACUACAACUACUACUACUACUACUACUACUACUACUACUACUACUACUACUACUACUACUACUACUACUACUACUACUACUACUACUACUACUACUACUACUACUACUACUACUACUACUACUACUACUACUCCUACUACUACUACUACUACUACUACUACUACUACUACUACUACUACUACUACUACUACUACUACUACUACUACUACUACUACUACUACUACUACUACUACUACUACUACUACUACUACUACUACAUCUACUACUACUACUACUACAUCUACUACUACUACUACUACUACUACUACUACUACAUCAACUACUACUACUACUACUACUACUACUACUACUACUACUACUACUACUACUACUACUACUACUACUACAUCUACUACUACUACUACUACUACUACUACUACUACUACUACUACUACUACUACUACUACUACUACUUCUACUACUACUACUACUACUACUACUACUACUACUACUACUACUACUACUACUACUACUACUACUACUACUACUACUACUACUACUACUUUUACUACUACU